AUGCGUGACGACGCCACGAUGGACGCCGAGUUGAGCUCGCUCGAACGUCGCCUAGCCGAUCUCUACGGCGCCGUAGGCAUGGUCUCUGGGACGGGAAACGUGCCGUCACUGCACGUGCGUCUGCAUGAGCUUUCUGAAAAACUCCAUCAGGUCGAGAACAGCAUCGACCCGCCCAACGUUGGCCCCUUGCACCUCGCAUAUGAGCAAAACAAGAAGCUAUUGGCGCCAGGCUUCCUCGGAGAGCUCAAGCUCCAGUCACAACCUGCCUCGGGGAGCCUCGAGCAGACUACCAAGAUCAUCAUCUUGACGUCUCACGACAUGGUCCAGACGAUGUCGACCGACGCACAGAUGAUCCAGGAGCUUGGGCGCUACGUGGCACUGCCCGCGAUCGCGCCUGCGACACAUGCAACCUUAACGCGCGCAGAAACAUCCAACUUGAUUUUGGGCCAACAGGUUUUGGCGCGGCACGCCCAGGUCGAGGCAUUGCUUCUGCGCUACGCAGACGUCAUGGAGAGUAUCUCAAAGAAGUUUCAGCUAUACGACCAAGUCCUUUCGCAGCUUGAAGCCAGCCGCUAA